GGGGGCGGCCCGGUUGAUCCCGAGCGGGGGGGGGGGGCGGCGGCGGCCGCCGCCAUGUUGAGCCGCAGCUCGUUCACCAGCCUGGUGGUGGGGGUGUUCGCCGUGUACGUGGCGCACACCUGCUGGGUGAUGUACGGGAUCGUCUACACGCGGCCCUGCCCGGCGGCGGCGGCGGGAGGAGGAGGCGGCGGGGCGGCGGCGGGGUGCGUCUGGCCCUACCUGUCGCGGAGGCCCAAGCUGCAGUUAAGCGUGUAUACGACCACACGGUCAAGCAUUGGUGCCGAGAGUAACAUAGAUCUGGUUUUGAAUGUGGAGGAUUUUGAUAUUGAGUCCAAAUUUGAAAGGACAGUGAAUGUCUCUGUACCAAAGAAAACCCGAAAUAAUGGCACGUUAUAUGCAUAUAUAUUUCUUCAUCAUGCUGGCAUUUUGCCUUGGCAUGAUGGUAAGCAGGUGCAUGUGGUAAGCCCUCUGACCACGUACAUGGUCCCUAAACCAGAAGAGAUUAAUUUGCUCACUGGAGAAUCAGCCACACAGCAAAUUGAAGCAGAAAAACAGACCAAUGCUCUAGAUGAACCUGUCUCUCACUGGAGGUCAAGAUUAACCUUAAAUGUCAUGGUGGAAGAUUUUGUGUUUGAUGGAUCAUCCCUCCCUGCUGAUGUUCACCGUUACAUGAAGAUGGUUCAGUUGGGGAAGACAGUGCAUUACCUUCCAAUAUUAUUUAUUGAUCAGCUAAGCAACAGAGUGAAAGAUUUGAUGGUUAUAAAUCGUUCAACAACAGAGCUACCUCUUACAGUUUCGUAUGACAAAAUAUCUCUUGGAAAACUCCGAUUUUGGAUCCACAUGCAAGAUGCUGUGUACUCCCUCCAACAAUUUGGGUUUUCAGAAAAGGAUGCAGAUGAAGUAAAAGGAAUUUUUGUUGAUACUAACCUGUACUUCCUGGCUUUGACGUUCUUCGUAGCAGCGUUCCAUCUUCUCUUUGAUUUCCUUGCAUUCAAAAAUGACAUCAGUUUUUGGAAGAAAAAAAGGAGUAUGAUUGGGAUGUCUACAAAAGCAGUGCUUUGGCGGUGCUUUAGUACUGUGGUAAUAUUUCUUUUCCUUUUGGAUGAACAAACAAGUUUACUGGUACUGAUCCCAGCAGGCAUUGGUGCAGUGAUUGAGCUCUGGAAAGUGAAGAAAGCUUUGAAAAUGACAAUCAAGUGGCAAGGCUUAAGACCCAAAAUGCAGUUUGGCACAUACAGUGACUCUGAAAAGAAAACUGAGGAGUAUGACACCCAGGCUAUGAAAUACUUGUCAUAUUUGCUCUAUCCACUGUGUAUUGGUGGUGCAGGUUACUCCUUGCUGAAUGUCAAAUACAAAAGCUGGUACUCCUGGUUGAUUAACAGUUUUGUCAAUGGAGUGUAUGCUUUUGGAUUCCUGUUUAUGCUGCCCCAGCUGUUUGUAAACUACAAGAUGAAAUCUGUUGCACACUUACCAUGGAAGGCUUUCACAUACAAAGCAUUCAACACCUUUAUUGAUGAUAUAUUUGCUUUUAUCAUCACUAUGCCAACGUCUCAUAGACUGGCGUGCUUUAGAGAUGAUGUUGUGUUCCUGGUGUAUCUUUACCAAAGAUGGCUUUAUCCUGUGGAUAAGAGCAGAGUGAAUGAGUAUGGAGAAUCCUAUGAAGAAAAGCCAAAAAAAAAAGCUCAUAGAGAAUAACUUAAGAAUUGAAGAAGAUUCUGACCCCUGGACUCUUACUGGCUUCAUGUAUUAUCUGGUCUUAAGGAAAAACUUAUUUAAUAAGAGUAUUUUUAAAGCUUAUGACAGAACUACAUGGACAAUACAUCUUCUAUAUUGCCAAAAUCUAGUUUUGAUAUCCUCCUAUUUCAAGACCCUCUUUUGUCCUCACAAGGUCCACAGUCUGCCAGAUGUUGUUGAAUAAACUUCCUGCAUUUAAACUUCUCUUCGGUGAAAACCUAAAUGUCCUGACUGUUGUAAUUAAUAUCUAAAUCUAUGUUUUGAAGGCAACUCACUAACUCAAAGUGUGGUGCCCAUGCCACUAGGCUAUGAAAAGUGAAAAAACAAGCCAGUGUGUUACAGCAGAAUCAAGCAUUAUUGCCAAACUGGAGGCUGUCAAAAAUAAAAUGUAUGAUAUUGGA